GGGAGCGAGAGCGCGCCUUGGAUCUAGGCUAGUGGCGGCGGCAGCGGGAUGGAGGAGGAAAGCGAGGUCAUGACGAUCGAGGAGUUUCUGGAGAACCAGGAAGCGGAGGAAGAGAGCGCCGAUCUUGUUUUUGGCGGCGAUGAGGGCAAGGAAUGCACGUACAACGAGGGAUACAUGCCUCGGCAGGCCGUGUUCUCGUGCUUGAGUUGCGCGCCCCAGGGGAAUGCCGGGAUUUGCACGGCUUGUUCUUUGGCUUGUCACGAUGGACAUGAGAUUGUGGAGCUUUGGACAAAAAGGAACUUUCGAUGCGACUGUGGCAACUCCAAGUUCGGUGGGAAAGACUGCAAGCUUUGGAAGGAGAAAGACGCCGAGAACAAAGAGAAUGCUUACAACCAGAACUUUGUGGGGCUUUACUGCAUUUGCCACCGCCAGCAUCCAAACCCCGAGGACGAACACCUCGGUGAAAUGCUGCAGUGCUGCAUUUGCGAGGACUGGUUUCAUGAAGCUCACCUUGGUCUGCUAUCCUCGGAGAAGGUGCCAAGGGACGAGGAUAAUGAGCCCUUGUUUGACGAACUGAUCUGCCAAAAUUGUGUUGGACGGUGUAGUUUUCUCUUUCGGUACCAGGAGCUUCUUAUUCCGCCUGGUAUACCAGACGAAACCCAUCCAGUUGAGCAGUCUGAAACAAGCACGGAGGCUCCUGCCAACGUUGCAGUCGAACAAACAAUGGGAAGCAAGGCCGAGAAAUCCGAUGCUUUAACUUCCGGAAAGAAAGAAGAAGGUUCCGUGAGCAAUGGAGUUUCGGAUGUGGCUGGCUGCUCUCAAUCCAGCAAUUCCAUUUGCAAGCUCAAGCCAGCCAACGUGAACGCGGAGACUGGAAACUGCUUCGGAAAGGCUCUGUUUUUGGAGAGAAGCUGGAGGACCAGUCUCUGCCAGUGUGAUUCCUGCGUGGAGCUGUACAAGACCAGAGGAUUGAGCUUUCUUCUGGACAAGCUGGACACCCUUCAGUCCUACGAAGCAUUGGCAAAGGAGAGGCGAAAGACACGGAUGGAACAAGCCGAAGGUGCCAGCAUGAAGCUUCUAAAUAACUUGGACCACGUCGCGAAGGUGGAGUUCCUUCAUGGUCUCAACGACAUGACAUCUGAGCUGAGCAGCUUCCUUGGGGAUUUCCGCGACACGGGAAAGACUGUGACGAGUGCGGACGUCUACGAGUUCUUCGACCGGCUGAAAAAGAGACGCAAGCUGUAGCUCCUCUCCGAAGUUAAAAACUUGUUUUUUAUUUGA